GGACAGGCAGGAAGAUGGCGGCGGUAGCGGAGGUGUGAGUGGACCUGGGUCUCUGGAGCUGGAUUUUCUCUCCCUUUUACAUUCCUCUUCCUUCUCUGUUUGAGAUUGGCAUCGAGAGAACUGAGUUCGGGUGGUGGCGGCGGGCGCAGCGCAGAGGUCACGGCGACGGCGGCAGCUGACGGCUGGAAGGGCAGGCUUCUUUCGCCGCUCGUCCUCCUUCCCGGUCCGCUCGGUGUCAGGCGCGGCGGGCUGACUUAGUCCCUCUUCCAGCUCCCCCCGCGCCGGAGCGGGCACUUUUCUCUUCACCAUCCUCUGACCCUUCACCCCGGGUACUGGGCGCCUCCUCCCGCUGAGCUCGGGGAGCGGGGGCCGGUCUCCUGCUCGGCUGUCGUGCCUCCAUGUCGGAUAACCAGAGCUGGAACUCGUCGGGCUCGGAGGAGGAUCCGGAGACGGAGUCCGGGCCGCCUGUGGAGCGCUGCGGGGUCCUCAGCAAGUGGACAAACUACAUUCAUGGGUGGCAGGAUCGUUGGGUAGUUUUGAAAAAUAAUACACUGAGUUACUACAAAUCUGAAGAUGAGACAGAGUAUGGCUGCAGAGGAUCCAUCUGUCUUAGCAAGGCUGUCAUCACGCCUCAUGAUUUUGAUGAAUGUCGAUUUGAUAUUAGUGUAAAUGAUAGUGUUUGGUAUCUUCGUGCUCAGGAUCCAGACCACAGACAGCAUUGGAUAGAUGCCAUUGAACAGCACAAGACUGAAUCUGGAUAUGGAUCUGAAUCUAGCUUGCGUCGACAUGGCUCAAUGGUGUCACUUGUAUCUGGAGCAAGUGGCUAUUCUGCCACAUCCACCUCUUCUUUCAAGAAAGGCCACAGUUUACGUGAGAAAUUGGCUGAAAUGGAAACCUUUAGAGAUAUCCUAUGUAGACAAGUUGAUACUCUACAGAAGUUCUUUGAUGCCUGUGCUGAUGCUGUCUCCAAGGAUGAACUACAAAGGGAUAAAGUGGUAGAAGAUGAUGAAGAUGACUUUCCUACAACACGUUCUGAUGGAGACUCCUUGCAUAAUACCAAUGGCACUAAGGAAAAGUUAUUUCCACAUGUGACACCAAAAGGAAUUAAUGGUAUAGACUUUAAAGGGGAGGCGAUAACUUUUAAAGCAACUACUGCUGGAAUCCUUGCUACACUUUCUCAUUGUAUUGAACUAAUGGUAAAACGUGAGGAUAGCUGGCAAAAGAGAUUGGAUAAGGAAACUGAGAAGAAGAGAAGAGUAGAGGAAGCAUACAAGAAUGCUAUGACAGAACUUAAGAAAAAAUCCCACUUUGGAGGACCAGAUUAUGAGGAAGGCCCAAACAGUCUGAUUAAUGAAGAAGAGUUCUUUGAUGCUGUUGAAGCUGCUCUUGACAGACAAGAUAAAAUAGAACAGUCACAGAGUGAAAAGGUCAGGUUACAGUGGCCUGCAUCUAUGCCAUCUGGAGAUGCCUUUUCUUCUGUGGGGACUCACAGAUUUGUCCAAACGCCCUAUAGUCGCUCUUCCUCCAUGUCUUCCAUUGAUCUAGUCAGUGCCUCUGAUGAUGUUCACAGAUUCAGCUCCCAGGUUGAAGAGAUGGUGCACAACCACAUGACGUAUUCAUUACAGGAUGUAGGUGGAGAUGCCAAUUGGCAGUUGGUUGUAGAAGAAGGAGAAAUGAAGGUAUAUAGAAGGGAAGUGGAAGAAAACGGGAUUGUUCUGGAUCCUCUGAAAGCUACCCAUGCAGUUAAAGGCGUUACAGGACACGAGGUCUGCAAUUACUUCUGGAAUGUUGAUGUUCGCAAUGAUUGGGAAACAACUGUAGAAAACUUUCAUGUCGUGGAAACAUUAGCUGAUAAUGCAAUCAUCAUUUAUCAAACGCACAAGAGAGUGUGGCCUGCUUCUCAGCGAGAUGUAUUAUAUCUUUCUGCCAUUCGCAAGAUACCAGCCUUGACUGAAAAUGACCCUGAGACCUGGAUAGUUUGUAAUUUUUCUGUGGAUCAUGAGAGUGCUCCUCUAAACAAUCGAUGUGUCCGUGCCAAAAUAAAUAUUGCUAUGAUUUGUCAAACAUUGGUAAGCCCACCAGAGGGAAACGAGGAGAUUAGCAGGGACAACAUCCUGUGCAAGAUUACAUAUGUAGCUAAUGUGAACCCUGGAGGAUGGGCACCAGCCUCAGUGUUAAGGGCAGUGGCAAAGCGAGAAUAUCCAAAGUUUCUAAAACGUUUUACAUCUUACGUCCAAGAAAAAACUGCAGGAAAACCUAUUUUGUUCUAGUAUUAACAGUGACUGCAGCAAGGUUGUGUGACAUUCCAUGUUGGAGAAAAGAACAAAAGGCAAAAUUGAAUGCUCUAAGCUGGAAUAGGAUCUAUAGCCUUGUCUAUGACCCAACACCAUGGUCUGGUGUACAAAAAUGAAGAAAUACUGCAAUAGCAAAGCUGAACAUCUAACACUAACUGUCUCCUGCUAUAUCUCCUCGCUCAGCGCAUAACUAUCAAUACAUGUAAAAUUACAUGUACAUGGCUAUAUUUUUAUUUGCUUGCUCCUGGAAGAAAAAAAUCAACUUUGAAUCACAACUAAGAUUGAUGCUUUAAUUUUUGGAAAAUUUUUCAGAAUUUUUAAUUUACUGUGGUCCGGCCUAAGGUCCUCAUUUAUAUCAGGUUUGUUCACAAAUGGAAAGCACAGAAGUUGAAUGCACAUGGGGUAUGUGCUUCUUGUGUGACAAGGAUCUGGAUGGGGUUCUUCUUUCAGGCCUAUAGUCAAAUCUGUAUCCAGAAUUUUUUGACUUUUUUGCUUUGUAUAAUCAUAGAAUUCAUUGCUGCUGAUUUCUAUAAUGAUUCAUGUUAUGUAAUGUCUCUCUUAAUAACUGAGGGCUGUCAGUAACCUGUGAUUUUUGCCUUUCUAGUCUUACUCCCAUGAAGAACCUGGUUCUGAUGGAGAAAGAUGAAAAUGAAAAGUGUAAUUUUUUUCCCCAGAUAUCUUUAUAUUUCUGUUGUAUUUUUAGUUGGUGGUACUGUGUGCUACAGAAUUGUUUCAGUUUGUUUACAAACAAUUUGGUAAUUCCUAAAUUGUUCUGCCUGCCUCCAAACAAGCAUACAAAUCUCGUUGGCAUAAACUACUUUCUAGUAAAAUGGUCAGGAUAAAAUGGGCUCAUGCUUUCCUGAAAUUUAAAAGAGGAUAUACGAUAUUAGUUUUUAAAGCAAAUCAAACUGUUUGAGUCUGACAUUUGAUUUAAUAUUUCUAGUGUUUGGUAACAGGUAUGUUUGUUCUUUAAUUUGGGUUGGUUUAAAAAGAUACGUUGCAAGAUCUGCAUAGAAAAUAUGAGUGGUGCUCUGGUUUGCUUCUUGAUCAGAAACUUUAGCACAGCAGUAAAGGAUUCCAAGUGAUUCAAACUGAAAGUCUUUCUUUAGUUACUCUAAGAACUUAAAUGUAAAAUACCUUUUUUAGUUUUAGGUCUCUGUGAACAACCUUGAAUCCUGGAGUUGGGGCAAGGAAUGGUACUCACUGAAGUAGCAAUGAUGGCCCACUUCAUAAUCUUCAGUGUGUUUAACACAAAUGUGCUUAUUACAUGAAUCAGGUGCGUUUGUAGAUGCUUCGCUGAUGGUCAUCUCUAUAGAAACAACACAGAAGUCAAGACACAUUUUAUAAAGCAGAAAGUCAUGUCACAUAGAACAUGUCCUGUAUAUAUUUCCUACAUGGUAAUGGAGUCUUAAUGAUAAAUGCAAGGUGAUAAUUUAAUGAUGGGAUUCGUCUGAUCACUUAAUAUGCACAAUCCUGGAAGUGAAUUACUUGCAUCAGAUAUAAUGGUAUUUAUUAUUCUGUAUAUAGAGAAAAAUACUUAUAAAACAUAUGCUUACAUUACAUGCACGCAGAUAUCAUGCUCCAUAAAUCUUUUCUAUUUUUUAAUUUACCUUUCUCUAAAUGAUGUGCAUGGAAUAUGCCUUAUUACAGAAAAAUGCUGUUCAUAAUUUGACUACGUGGAAAAGUGCCUAUAUGGUGGUAAUGCUAGUAAGGCAAAUAAGACAAAUGAUCACAUCAGUUUACUACAUCACCAGUUAAUGUUUUGUAUCGUGAUGUUUAAAAAAGAAAAAUUUAUACCUCAAAUAUGUAUUUUAUUUUACAAUCAGCUGUGGGUUGGGUUGGGUUGGGAGUAUGGGAGGGCUGGGGGGAGAAGGUUUAUUCACCAUAGCCACUGAUGGGAAUGUUCAAAAAUAGAAUUCUAUAGGCCCACAUAAAUGUUUCUCUGUUUGCUAUUUCUGGUAACUAUCAUGAACAUGGACAAGUAACUUUCAUAACUAAAUUGGAUAGCUGUAUUUUACAAAGGUAUGGAAAGCUUACAAAGUAGUAUCUAAAUCUAAUUAUCAUUAGUUACAUUUGCACUAACUAAAUGUUAAUUAUGUACUUUUGCAAUUCUGUAAAUAAAAUGAUUACACUGAAAAUGUUUGUAUCAAAAGAAGAAAAGAAAACUUUUCCUUUAGGUAACUGCACUGGUAUUUCACUAGAGCUCAUCCCUUCCAGUCAGACUUAGAAAUGAGUUGGGGAAUAUGAAUAGAGUUGAAAAUAGGUACUAGCAUUUUAGACAAUAUUCAAACCCUCUAGAAUUAUUUCUGAUGGCUAAAUCCUACAUACUGAACAUUCGUGAUUUCUUAUCCACAGUUAUUUUCCUGUCCCUGAGCCAAAAAUUAAUUUCAUCCUUUUAUUCUCUUUGCUACUCAGUUACUUGUUUGUACUGUGGUGGAUGGAGACUUGAAAACUAUGGGUGAUGAGGGGUUCUGUCCGUGAGUGCCCACUGUACAGGCCAGGAGAGCACAGAAUUUCACGUGGAAUUCAGGACUCCUGACUUUGGUUUGCACAGGGGCAGCCAGACCAAGGAGGGGGAUGGCUGAAGGAGAUAAAAAAUUCAAAAUAAGGAAAAGGAGGAAUGGGUUUGCCAUUUGUUCAGUUUCGUCAACUAAUUUAUACACCUAUACAACAUUGGAGUCAAUUCCUAUUGAUAAAUUUUUAGUUGGGCUGAGCUGGUUUGCUUGUGAAAUAGUACUGGGUAUCUUUAAGCUUAUCAAUUGUUUGUCCAGUUAAACACUUUCACCAGUAUUUAGUCCAAGUUGUACAAAUGAUGUAUUUGGAUUAUUGUCAUUUUUCACCUACAAACUCAAAACAUAAUCAUUUUAAAGUACCCUGGGAGUGUGUAGAGUGUUAACUAUUAUAUAAUAGCUUUAUGAUCCUGAUGAUGUUUUUAAAAAAAUUAAGUUGGAUCUUCCAUGUUACAAUCACAAAAUUGAAACCAGUAUUUAAAAGUGGAGAAGUAUUAAAAUAUUAUGGACAAAUGUGCUCGUUUGAUUUUUUUUUCUUAACCCCAAGAUACUGCCCUGCAUAAUUCUCUAGUAGUUAUGAGCUUAAAAUACUCCAGUGUUCAUAAAAAUUUAGGUUGUAACCCAGUUAGGGAUCAAGAAAACUAUUAAUGAGUUACAAACAAUUCCUUUUUUAACAUAGUACAGAGUGGAGCAGAUUAAGUACAUAGCAUGUAAUAAAGGUAAAUAAUUGUGAAUCUUUUUUCGUAUGUAUAUGUGUGUGUGAUGGCUUACAAUUUAAAGUGAAUUACUAUGGAUCCUGGUCCAAAACUCUUUUAAAAUUCUAGACAGUGAAGCCGUAUACAGUUGGGUGUCUCUAAACACAGGCACACUUAAAAUUCAACUACAUGCAUUGGCUAUAAAUAAAUCAUCCCUCAUUUAUUAAAUAAUACGGCCAAGUCCACUUGUUAACACUUAGGGAAUUUAUGCCUUAGAACAACUGAGAUGGAUUUGCAGUUCACUCAGUCAUUGGGUUCCUCCAUGGUUUUAUUGAAGGGCUCUGAACAUACUUUUUUACUAGUGUUCAAAGAUACAUACCAUCCAAACAAGAUGAAUCUGGUGGGAUGUUGGAGAGAAAAUCUGGCCGUUGUGUUGGAUUUAUUUAUUUCACAGAAGUAGUAUGUGGUCCUCAAAACUUCUUAAGGAGUUUUCAAGUGCAUUUUUAACUAGAUGCAGUUUUUGUGUUAGGCUUGACUUUGGAAUAGAACCUGCAAAUAAUGUGUAGUUAUAACUAGCCAUUUUAAAUAGUAUCUUACAGAUUUUGCUGUUGAACUAGAUGACAACAUGACUUGUAUUCUUAUAGCAUGUGCAUUGUUGACCCAUUAAAACAAGUUUUCUGUGA